UCUCCAGUAAUGCCUUAGAUUAUUUCAAAUGGUUAUUUGUUCCUGUCUUGGGCUCGCUCUCCUUUUCUGCUGUUCGUUGAAAAUGUGAUAUAUUUGUUAACCAGUAUAACCUCGUCCAUACACAUUUCCUUGCAAAUUUGUAAAGAAGCACAUUGCCGGAUUACCAACAUUUACUAUGGGAUAUUCAAAGUAUUACAGCUGACAAGAGCUUUUGGGUCAAGAAUGUCGUUCCUUGUCGUUUUGUUUUUUCUGACGUGUGUAUGCAGGGCAUGUGGAAAUCAGCAAGUAUAUUCGGAUAACAUCACGCGCAUUUUGGACAGACUACUAGACGGCUAUGACAACCGGCUGCGACCAGGAUUUGGAGGUCCUGUGACUGAGAUCAAAACAGACAUUUUUGUCACCAGCUUUGGCCCAGUUUCAGAUGUUGAAAUGGAGUACACCAUGGACAUUUUCUUUCGGCAAAUGUGGGUGGACAAGAGGCUGGUAUUUGAAGGGCCAAUUGAGAUCCUCCGGCUGAACAACCUCAUGGUAAACAAGAUUUGGACUCCAGACACUUUCUUCCGGAAUGCAAGAAAGUCUUUUGCUCACAACAUGACCACUCCAAACAAGAUGUUCCGCAUCAUGCAGAAUGGCACAGUUCUCUACACCAUGAAACUUACUAUCAGUGCAGAGUGUCCCAUGAGACUGAUGGAUUUUCCCAUGGAUGGACAUGCCUGUCCUCUGAAAUUUGGCAGCUAUGGCUACCCUGUCAGUGAACUUCUUUAUACUUGGAAGAAGGGAGCAACUUUUUCUGUAGAAGUACCGAAAGAAUCAUCAAGCUUACUUCAGUAUGAUCUUGUGGGCCAGAGAGCAUCCAGCGAAAGACUCCGGUUUAAAACUGGUGAAUACUCUGUCCAGGUUAUCCAUUUCCUUCUGGAAAGGAAACUAGGCUACUACCUCAUUCAAACAUACAUCCCACUGAUCAUGACUGUUGUGUUGUCACAAGUUGUAUUCUGGAUCAACAAAGAGUCUGUCCCUGCACGUACUGUGGCAGGCAUAACAACUGUUCUUACCAUGACCACUCUCAGCAUCAGCGCUCGAUCCUCUCUGCCCAAGGUGUCGUAUGCCACAGCUAUGGACUGGUUCAUCGCUGUGUGUUUUGCCUUUGUUGUCUUCGCACUUAUUGAGUUCGCCGCCGUCAAUUACUUCGCCACCCUGCACGCUAACCGGGAAAAGCGCAAGAGAGCUGCACUGGAGGCAGCGGCUGCAGGGAGCGAUGAGGAGCUCACUUCGCUCCAGUCUGACUACGGCAGUGGACUGAAGAAAAGAUGCUCUGUAUCUCGCAGCGAGCAGCCUGAGCACCCUCGAGUCCCCAUCUUCCUCCAGCAGGGCUCUGCCAUCCCUCCCGACCAUAUUCUGACAGGCACCAGCAUAAUCGACCAGUAUGCUCGCAUUCUCUUCCCUCUUUCCUUUGCUGCCUUCAACCUGUUCUACUGGAUCGUCUAUCUUACCAAGGACACCAUGGAACCCUCCAGGGAGGACAGUGAAUGAGCUUCGUUUCUACAAGAGUUAAACACAUUUUUCUCCACCUCUCCAUUUUUAAAUGAGCUAUUUGGAAAUGCCACCACGUGCUAUCACUCCACAUGAACCUUCAUAAAUGUGAUUAAUUUUUUUUUUUAAAUUGGUGCUAUCAAAACAUGUCAGUUAUAAU